CCUUCUCUCUCUGUCCACCUUCCUUCUGCCAGCUGAUGAAACGAAUACUACAUCCUGCUCCAGGAACCAGCAGUGCAAUGGCAUUAUUCCCAGUGAUCCUGUUCCUGGUUGCUGUACUCCUCCCAUCUUUCCCUGCAAAUGGAAAUGAGGAGCAAGCUUUUGCUGCUUUGUCAACCACCUUACCAAAAGUCCAAGAGGAGAUUGUAAAUAAACACAACGAACUAAGGAGAGCAGUCUCUCCAACUGCCAGUGACAUGCUGAAGAUGAGAUGGAGCAGCGAGGCAGCAAAGAAAGCCCAAGCCUGGGCGGACCAGUGCAAGCUCAAACACAGUGACGCACCUUACCGAAAACUCAAUACAAGCUGUGGUGAGAAUCUCUUCAUGUCAAGUGCUCCCUAUUCAUGGUCAUCAGCAAUCCAAGAGUGGUAUGAUGAGAGGGAGAAUUUUAAGUACAAUGUAGGGCCACUGUCAGCCAAUAAACCAGUUGGACACUAUACACAGGUUGCUUGGUUCUCCUCUUUCCAAGUCGGAUGUGGAGUCAGCUAUUGUCCUAGCCAACCAACUUUUAAGUACUUCAUGGUUUGUCAUUACUGCCCUGCUGGUAAUAAUCUGGCAAGACUGUAUGUCCCUUAUAAACAAGGAGCCUCCUGUGCCAGUUGCCCGGAUCACUGUGAGGAUAGACUCUGCACCAAUGCUUGCGAACAUGAAGAUGACUAUUCCAACUGUGUCAGUUUGAAAAAAUCAGCAACCUGUAAUCAUCCACUGGUCAAGAAUGGUUGCAAGGCCUCCUGCUUUUGUGAAAAUAAAAUUCAUUAAUUGCCAGUGUGCACAAGCAGGGCUAUGUGGAGAAGGGCCACAUCAUCUUCUUAGAUUUAACUUGUACUACCAAGAAAACUAUGCAUAUAGAAUAUAUAUAUAUGAUUCCAAACAGUAAAGAAUUUUCUGGAUCUGCUUCUUGUUUCGUGGAAAUCUGUUUCAUGAAGAGGGCCUAAAAGUCAAAAAUUAAAAAAAAGAAGGAAGCCUAUAACUUUUGAUUUUGAUAUGUUUCGUGAUUUAAAUUCAAUGAGUUUAAUCAAAUUGAGGAUUUUAAAACUUUUAUUUUCUUGUGACGAGUGUCACAGGAAAUCCAGACUGGAAUGGAGAAUCAUAUUAACAGAACCAAGGUUACUAAAAUAAAAACAGCUAAUAAUAUCCUUGUCAUAUGAAUCUUAGGAUAAAAUGGUUUUGCUGUGACUCCACCUAAAUAAGUAUCUCCAAAUAAGUCUUCACAUUCACUGUGUUUAAUUCUUUGCCACUCAUAAUCUUUCCAGUCAUUGGAUUUCAUUCUUGCUAUAGCUUGAAGCUGUUAUUCCAAAAGUAACACUGAUUUUCUUUUUAUCAUAAUCAAAGAAUACUUUUCGUUAUCCAUCUAUAUAAAUUCCACAGAAGAGGAUGGUCACACUUUCUCUUUGAAAUCUCUCUUUCCUAGUAAAGAAAUCAAAAUAAUACAUAUUUUUACUCUUCCUCAAGAUGUUAAAGCUCAGUUCAACCCUCUGUUCCUACGAGCACACUUUUGAAUGUGCACUGAAUUUAAUGACUGACUUUCAAACAUAGACAGUGAAAAUGAAAAAAAGAACAAUAACUUUGGAGAAACAUAGCAUGUAAAAUCUUAGUCAAGUAAUCCUGACUCCAGUCUUUCAUUAAGAUUUUAAUGUUCCCUUUGGAAAUAACCUUUUUUAAUGUAACUUUUAGAGUGCAGCUUUGUUGUCUGGGGUGCAUACAACCACAACUUGAACAUCCUCACUUAGCAUGAAUUUGAAGUGAUGAUUUUUUAAUAAGUUUUAAUGUUUGUGAUGUCUUAUUAACCAUGUUGCAAUAAUACUAAAUUUCUUGGCUCUCACAUCAUGAGUUUGUCUUAUUUAAUGUACAUUUCAACUAAUUCCCAAUAAAAAAAUCUGUGGAAAAUGGCACAAA